GCGGACCGGGGGCAACAAGAUGGCUGCGCCCACGUGUGCUUGGAUGUCGGUUGUGGAGAGGGUUUAGUUCUGUCUUGUCCCUCGUGGAAACAGACUCUCCGUGCCACGCCGCGUUGCCACGUUCUGCUGCCAUUCGUGCAUGGAGCCGCGGGAGUCCUGGGCGGCCUUGGCGUCUCUGAUUUUUAUCUUGAAGGCUGGUGGAAUUGCUGGUGUCUUUGUCGACUUGAUCCUUUUUCCUCUGGAUACUGUAAAAACCAGACUGCAAAGUCCCCAAGGAUUUAGGAAAGCUGGUGGCUUUCGUGGCAUCUAUGCUGGUGUUCCCUCCACUGCUAUAGGAUCCUUUCCAAAUGCUGCUGCAUUUUUUAUCACCUAUGAGAAUGUGAAAUCUGUGCUGCACCAUGACUCUACAUCGUACUUGACUCCAGUAACACACAUGGUGGCUGCCUCUCUUGGAGAAGUGGUUGCGUGCCUCAUACGGGUUCCGUCUGAAGUGGUCAAGCAAAGGGCCCAGGUUUCACCUUCUGCUGGAACCUUUCGGAUCCUUUCCCACACCUUGUACCACGAGGGUAUUCAAGGACUUUAUCGAGGUUAUAAAAGCACGGUAUUAAGAGAGAUUCCCUUCUCUCUGGUACAGUUUCCCCUCUGGGAGUUCUUAAAGGAUCUCUGGUCAUGGAAGCAGGGUCACGUGGUGGAUUCUUGGCAGUCAGCAGUCUGUGGAGCUUUUGCAGGUGGAUUUGCAGCUGCAGUUACCACACCUCUCGAUGUAGCGAAGACAAGAAUUAUGUUGGCAAAGGCUGGUUCCACCACUGCUAGUGGAAAUGUUCUGGCUGCUCUUGGUGGCAUCUGGAGGACGCAAGGACUGUCGGGCCUCCAGGCACGUCCCCUUGCUGUGCCCUGCUGGACCCGCUCCGCACCGCAGGAAGGACUGUCCAUGUGCAGCAGCAGCAGGCAAGUGGGGAGAGGGGCUGAUCUGCACACAGCAGUGCACUGAUCCUGCUGGAAAUGACACUUAGUUCUGGGACUACAGGGGAGAAAGACUUGAAAAUACACUUCAGUGUUUUUCCUCUCCUGCCUGUUUGCCUUGAGCUCUUAGAUAUACUUUGGCACUUAUUUCAGGUUUACUGAAACUUGAAAAAUUCCAUCUUAUUCCAUUUGUGGGAUAACGUUGAACCUCAAGGCAUUGGCUUCUUAAAGGAUCUUUCUUUUCCAUUUUAAAAUACUUUAACUCCUACAUGUGUUAAGGGAAUUAGCAGAUACUCAGAAAAGCUGCGCUGUACUCCAAAUUAGCAAUUGAAUAAUACCUUUUAAUAUACAGAAAGUGAACUGAGAUGUUGGUUAAAGUGGGAAUUCACGCUUAUCUCCAGAGUUGCCUCUGCAAUUUCCAUACAGAGUGGGGUUUGGAUUUGAGAAAGCCAAAGGUGUUCACCACUGCAGCUGAACCAGGUGCUGUCCUGGCCCCAUUUUUCUUACAUGCUUACACAUACACCGCAUCUGCUCUGCUUUCAGUGCCAAGAUAACAGUACCUGCCAGGUACUUCAGCAGUCAAUGUAUUAGAAUUGCUUUUCGAAUGAGUUCUUCACUGUAUCUUUUAGUACAGCUCCCAAACUCCACCCCAUCCCCAGGUCAGACUGCCAUUCUCACACUGCUCUGCAGUAUCUGAGGUUACGUUUGUGGGUCUGACUUCACCAAUGGAUGUUCUGGCAGUCAUUCUGUACCUUCCUCAGAGAAAGACAGAAAAGAGCAUAGCAAUGGAUUAGAAUUUUAUUUAAUUUUUAACUGGAACUCCCCAAAGCUCACUCAACAAAAAAGCUGUAAUAUUAUAAAUGAACCUUUAUUAAAGACACUUCAAUGCAUUUGUUAGACACUUUAAUAUCUUACAUGUUUUUCAAUGUACAACAUUGUACCAAAUUUUCUAAUAAAUAAAUAACUUUGUACACAAAAGUAA